AUGACCGCUAUUCCAAUACGCAAAAUCGAGAAAUUUGACCUCCUUUCUGGACUGGAAAAGCCAGACACACAUCUUCGCGUCUUUACACAAACUUUCGAAGUCCAUUCUCAAAUCUUAAAAGAGCAUUCCGAAUUUUUCCGCGCCUUUCUCGACUCAUCGGAGAAAGAUCAGAGCGCUUUCCCUCAGGAAGGCAUCAGAUACAAAUGGAUUACGCAUGUGGAUGAAGAUGGAAGCUGGUGCUUGGUAUGGGAGAAAUCCCUUAAGCGCGAGGGCGAGCGAACUUAUAUUCAUGACAUUGAUGAACAAAUUGAAGCAUUCUAUACCUUAUUAGAUGCCAUGUAUCGAACAAGAAUCCGUUUCAGAUCUGUACGAAAUCUGCAAAUAGCAACCGACCUAGCCGACUACUAUCGAGCUCUACCAAUUUUAGCAAAAGGUGUCUCCUACGCCCUCUUGGACGGUUUGAAUUUCAUUUCCAUCAUUCCGGCGAACUGUAUUGCUCUGUUGAAGAUUUCGACAAAGCUGAGGAAUAAAGUCUUGUUCAAAGAAUGUGUUAUCCACUCAACGGGACCAUGGAAUGCACCUCAAUUUCUCAAUCUAGAUGAUCCUAUUCUGAAAGGUAUCUGCCAGAAAGCAUACGAUGGAAUUCUGGCAAAGAGCGGAAAGUUCUUUCAGAGUCUACUAGAACUUAAUAGUAAAGAUGACGAACGAUCAGUCGAGCGUGACAAAGACAUAGCGCGGUGUGCACGAUACAGCCAGCAAGCUAGCACCAGGCCAGGUGUUAUUUGGAAUAUCAACAUGCCAUGCUUCUACCGCGAAUUGGUAACCACUGUGCCUUUUCCUGGAGAGGCAAACGUACAUUUGCAUAAUAUGAUGAGGUCAAACUUGACGCUUGAUAUUAGCAGAGGAGGGGCUGGCCUGCGAAAACAGUGUUUACCAUUCAACAUUCCUCUGCGCAGAGAUUAG